CAAUUACAAAUAGAACUAGCCGCAGGUGAACUCAGCCCAUUCGACCUGUCCACUAUAAAUAAAGAAGAUAUUUUCAAUUCAGAUCUCACUCAGCUCUUAAACCCUAGCCGCUUCCUCCAGGUUUCUUCAGGUUUACGUCUCAAAGUAACAAAAAUGGCUUUCUGUAACAAACUUGGGAGCCUGGUGAGACAAAGUAUCUCUCAGAAUGGGCAAGUUCCAGUGAAUUCAAUGCUGAAUUCUAUUCGGUGCAUGUCGUCUUCCAAACUUUUCAUAGGAGGCCUUUCAUAUGGAACUGAUGACCAGUCUCUGAGAGAUGCCUUUUCUAGUUUCGGUGAAGUCGUUACUGCAAGAGUUGUCACUGAUAGAGAUACUGGGAGGUCAAGGGGAUUUGGGUUUGUUGACUUCUCCAGCGAGGAGUCUGCUAGCUCGGCCUUAUCAGCCAUGGAUGGCCAGGAAUUACAAGGACGAAGUGUUCGCGUCAGUUAUGCUCAGGAAAGAACUGGUCCUCCAAGAAAUAAUUAUAGUAAUUUUCGUGGGAAUGGAAAUUUUAACAAUGAAGGCUUCUAAGCGGUUAUCCCAAUCUAUGGGCUUGUUUCUAUAGCUAGUUGUUAGUUGUUUGGAACGAAUGGGCAUUUAUUUGAUUAUGAUCGAUACUAAACAACUUUUGUAUUUUGUUUCAACUUAUGUGCUGGUUAUUACCUAUAAUAUAUUUGCUGGGUAAGUUAAAUGUGCA